AUGUUUUUAAAUGAAAAUUUUCAAUUUUCUGGUGCCUUUGGCAAGCUUGGUAGAUAUCUAACUAACUUUUUAAAAACUCGUGGUAAACUGCAACAGGAAAUGAAUAUCCCAGUUUUUGAAACUGUUACAGCUUCCUCCAUAAACGUAACUCUUACUUUUAUGCCAAUUUCUCAUAUACUUAAGUGUAGUGUUAAUGUGGCAAGAAACCUUAACUAUCAGUCUUCAAAACCGGAUAUUUGGAAAAACCACAAUAAUGUGUAA